AUGAAGGCCCCAUCGCCCCAGCGCCUGCGCAUUUUGCGCUCGCUUGCAUAUUCUGAGCCUACAUCACGACCCAUUGUCUCACGCAGAUGCUACGCCUCCCUUCCCGAGCGGCCGCCUCCACCAUCAGCUCCCCGGCCUCCACCCAGUGCUGCACCUCUAUCUUCAAGGAGCCACGCCGAUGCGCAACCUGGUUUUCGCAAGCGCAACAAAAGCGACGACGAUGAGGAAUUCGAACCGCAGCCCCUCAGCCGUCCCAUUGGCAUGCCAAAUCCGCCGCAACCCGGGGAGAACAUGGGCCUGGACGAGCGGUCCCUUAGCCAACGCAGAAACGACUUCGUCAACUAUGACAAACAUCUCGAGCGAAGGUCGAAGAUGACCAAGCAAAUCUCCAAACCCUACUUCCGCGACUGGAGCAAUCUACGUUUCCACAAGGGCAAGAUGUUCAGGAGCAACGAGCGACUGUUUCGAGGCGAUGUGAGUUUAUGGUUUCCGAACUUCUACGGGAAGACGUUGAGGAAGGAUGGCCAGCCUAGAGAGCUCUGGCGAGGCGAUGGCCACAAGGGAUUGGGACGGGAUACUUGUGAAGCGAUGCAGGGUAAGGUAUCAGUCGUGAGCAUUGUGUCGAGUAUGUGGGCGAAGCAGCAGGUCGAUACAUUUUGUUCGGAAGAACAGAACCCGGACCUCCAUGAGGCGAUCGAGGCAAAUGCAGAUUUCGCGCAGAGGGUGGAGAUCAACUACGAGAACAACUUUCUGAAGUGGUGGCUACUGCAGAUGUUCCGGUACAACUUGCGGGCGGGAAAGACGAAGGAGGAGCAAGGGAACUACUUCAUGGUACGAAGGGGUGUGAGCGAUGUGAUGAAAGAGGCUAUUGGAAUGUUGAAUGACAAGGUGGGAUAUGUCUACUUGGUCGAUCAGGAGUGCAGGAUACGAUGGGCUGGCAGUGCUGAGGCGGAGCCUGCUGAGAGGGAAAGUAUGGUCAAGGGGCUGUGGAGACUGGCGCAGGAGGCGAGGGCUUCAAAGGAGAAGUUGUCAACCCAGCGGCGUGUUGAGGAUGUUUCCGAGGUUGCAGAGGAGCCGAAGGCAGCGGACGCAAUGGGGUGA